CUAUUCUGUUUUUAUAUACACAAAACAAAUACAACUUAUGCCUAUAUUCAUUAAAAAUUCAUUGCACGCAUAAAACCAACAAAUUAGACCAUAAAGAAUUCCAAUGCGAUUCAUUUAUCGAUUCAAUUUAUGCUGAUUUCUUGAUUUAUCGCGCCCUAUGAACUGAUACUGAAGGUAAUCUGUGUCGUAAUGAUUUCGUUCCAAGAUUCCCGAAAUGCUUCGAUGACGAGGAGCAGCACUCUAAUGCAAAACACCAGUCAACCAUUUCGAAGAGGCUCUCUUAUGGAACUAGCUAAAAGUGCAGGCCAGGAAACACUCAAUACCUCAACCGUGAAAAACCAAUCUUUUCAAGGUGCUUUGGGAUUCAGGCCGAAUGUGAAUAGUUCAGCAGUAGUGAGUGGAUCUAAGCCUCCCAUUUUUCGAAGAGCGAGCACUCAAUUAAACAUGUCCAAGCUGAGGGGACCGGCCGGGUCUAUAUUCGAAGAUUCGAGAGUCAUGAAUACUUCUGCUUUGCGCUUCCACGAAGCCGAAGAGUUUCAAAAAAGCGCAAUAUCCAGCAUCGUAAACCGGAUCAAAACCAGUACUGCCAAAAACAACUCACAACUGCCAAAUCAGUCGAUUGAAAUGAAGGAGAGAUUACAGCAGGAACAAAGGGAGAAAUUAGCGAGAACACAAAAACAGCUUGACGAACUCAAAGAGCAACUUGAAACGCUCACGAAGCACUUCGAACAUUCAGAUUCCGAUCAUUAUUCACAGCAAAUAAAAGAGAAGAUGGCUAAAUUUAAGCAAAAAGAAGAGAAGGAAUGGCAGCGAAUGAAAUCUAAGCUACAAGACGAAAACUCAAGGAAAGAAUACUUGGAACACCUUGCAACUGAAGAGCAAAAUGAACUUGAUGAUUUGAAGUCACAAUACUUGGAGCUUCUGAAAGACCUCGAAAGAGCAGAGAAGAUUAAAGACUACCUAACAGGACGCAAACGGGAGCUAUUCGUGCUUCAAAGAUUGCAUCAGAAAGAGAGAGGCACUUUGACGAGUCAGAAUUUCAAAUUGGACAAGGUAUUUAUGGAGAACCGAGCACUCAGGCAGAAAGAGCUGAGACGAAUGGCAUUGGAUCCCGAAGAUGGAUGUGAGGAUGUCAUUUUAGAAGGCAAGGCAUUCCAAAUGAAAAAGAGAAUUGAUAAGAUGCAUGCCGAAAAUGCAAAAUUGAAGCAGCGUCUAAACCAAUUAUAAUUAUGAAAGUAAAUUACACAAGGCAAAAAAAUAUCAUAUUUUGAUAUA